UUAUUUUCUAUUAUCUGUUAUUUUGAAAAAAUAGCAAUCCUUGUAUUCUGCUGACAGAUCCAAGGCAACCUGAUGCUGGCCUCGCUGGUUCAGGUCUUUCUGGGGUGCACUGGGCUCAUGGGGCUACUGCUGCGCUACAUCGGCCCCCUUUCUGUCGCCCCCACCAUCGCUCUCAUCGGCCUCUCCCUCACUCACGUCGUCGUCUUCUUUGCCAAAGUGCAGUGGGGCAUCGCCUCCUUGACUGUGGUUCUGGUGUUGGUCUUCUCUCUACUGUUGGGGCGACAUCGCCAACCUUGCCUGUCCUGGUCACGUGACCGAGGAUUCCACGUUACUCGCCUUCCUCUCGUCCAGCUUCUGUCGGUUCUCAUGGCGAUGGUCGUUUCAUGGCUGACGUCACACAUACUGACGGUGACGGAGGUUUUCCCAAACAACGUCAACAGCUCCUACUACAUGGCGCGCACUGACGUCAGACUGCACGUGUUGCGGGAGGCCCCCUGGAUUACCUUUCCUUACCCGUUUGAGUUCGGGCUGCCGACAGUGAGUGCUGCAGGAUUCCUGGGUAUGUUGGCAGCCACCCUGUCAUCAGUGGUGGAGUCCAUCGGCGACUACUACGCAGCGGCGAGAAUUUGCCACGCCCCUAUCCCCCCGCCCAGUGCCAUGAAUCGCGCCAUAGCCAUAGAGGGCGUGGCUAGCGUCUUCAGCGGCAUGAUGGGAGCUGGACAUGCUACUACGUCCUACACACACAACACCGGAGCCAUUGGCAUCACCAAAGUGGCCAGUCUGCGCGUGUUCCAGCUGGCCGGAGUCCUCCUCAUCGUGUGCAGCAUGUCCAGCAAAGUAGGCGCAGUGCUGACGCUGGUGCCGGACCCGGUGGUUGGAGGCGUUCUUGGCGUUAUCCUCGGUCUCGUCGCCUCCGUCGGCUUGUCCAUCGCCUUCUACGCCGACAUGAAAAGCUCGCGCAAUAUGACUGUGCUCGGCGUCUCCCUGUUUUUUGGGCUGACUCUGCCGCAAUGGGUCUCCGAACUAUCCCGACGCAUAGCCACAGGAUCCAGCGACUUGGACCAGAUCCUGAAGGUCGUGCUGGGCACGCCCAUGACUGUGGGCGGCAUUAUGGGUUGUAUCCUUGACAACGUCAUUCCAGGCACUCCAGAAGAGCGUGGACUUGUCAAAUGGCGUCAAAUGCAGUCAGCUCCCAACGAUUCCUGUUCCUCGCAGAUCUACGACAUCCCAUACAUCACCGACUUCCUCAGAAAAAUAAAAGUCUGCUCCUACCUGCCCGUGUCACCUACCUAUGCCGGUCAUGGCUGCACGUGCUGGCCCUGCAGAAGGUCACGUGACGAAAACGGCGCUGACUCGAACGCAGUGACCAAGAACGGAAAUGUUGUGUGUGAACUGAAGACAAUUGACAACCACGUUGUUUGACGUUAAGAAAAAGAAUUGUGGUGCAUGUUAUAUUGGAACAUUAUGAAUCCCUGCAUCCAAUUCAUAUUUUUUA